AUGGCUUCUAAAAUUACAUCAUCCGGAUACGUACUUCGUGACUCCGUCAACCUCUUCUACGAAAGAGAAGGGAAGAGCGGCUCAAGGACUGUCCUGUUCAUCCACGGUCUCGGUGGGACAACGAACUCCUACCAGCCCCUAGUAUCUGAUCUGCUCGACUUUGACCUCGUUCGUUUCGACUUCGCCGGGCACGGUAGAAGCUCCGUGCCGUCCAGUUCCAGCGUCGAGUCAUACGUAGCAGACUGCGAAGAUGUGAUUAGUCACUUAGGGCUUAAAGACGUUGUAGUCGUUGGCCACUCCUUUGGUGGUCUCAUUAGCCUUCACCUCGCAGCUAAGCACCCCGAGAUAGUAAAAGGAGUUGUGACGUUCGGCGCUGUUCGGCCAUUCCCCGAAGCUAUUCAGAAGGCACUCACUACUCGCUCCUCCAUUGUACGAAGGCAGGGGAUGGUGGCGGUCGCUGAUGCGGUCGUGUCAAGUGCAUUCUCAGCCAAAUCCUUAGCCAACCGAAAAGCAGAAGUAUCAUUUGCUAGAGAGAUGCUUACGAGACAAGACCCGGAAGGGUAUGCUCUGGCUGUGGAUGCUCUGGCUCAGAGCUCGGCCCCUGUAUGGAGUCAGAUCAAUGGCAAGGUUAUCAUUUUAUCCGGCGAUGAAGAUAAGGUAUCCACGCUUGAAGUGGGCGCGGACAUUGUAAACGAUAUUGGACCGAACGCGCAGCAAGUAACUUGUAAGGAUACAGGACAUUGGCAUAUGCUGGAGAGCCCAGAUGAGUGUAUCAAGGCCAUAAUAUCUGUGGCAAGCGAUGAAAGCUCUUGGCAUGGCUAUGCCUCAAGCAAACUAGGUGGUACACGCUAA